CGUUUGGCGCAACGCGUGUGCCGGUCAUCAGACUUCAGUCGCCUCCAAGCGGUCACAGGUGGUCGCUUACCUACUUUCUUCAACUGUUUCUCGCGUUCUUGCAACCGACUCUUCGCAUCCAGUCGCCGUACGCGCUUGACCAGUGCUAUGUUGAUUUUAACGCAAACUGUCGUCUAAGAUGAGUUUUCCGUCGAACUUGUGGAUUUUUUAAGGAUUACCCAGGCUUUUCAACGAUAUUAAGAGGCGACUUUGGAGGUCAGGCAGGCAGAGGCCGUUAGAUAGAUAGCAGGCAGGGCAGUCAGUCAGCGGGAUUCGGAAUCGAAGAUCGAGGUGGGCGUAGACAGCGUUGCGAGCAGGGUGGCAGAAACGGCAGGAGCGCGGCUACUGGCGGUAUGCCGGCUCUUCGCCUGUUCGGCAGGAAAUGGCUAGCCGCCUCCGACGACCUCGUCUUUCCUGGUCUCUUCGAGGUAUCCGUCAGAAUAUUAUGGCUGAUUUUAAUAGUUUGCGUCUAUCUGAAAUACUACGAAUACACCUGGGAAUGCAGCAAAGGCGGAGAUUACGUCCGGACCUACAUAAUUGGGAUGAUGGUUCUUUUGUCCUUAGUAAUUUUGGUUCUUGUGGCAUUGGUUAAUAGAAGCGCGAAAGGUUCCAUAACAGACUUGGACGCCAGAAGGGCAGUCUCGCCAAUUUUGCUGUUAAAACUCUUUUUGAUCAUCCCCGAAACCGUUUUGAACGUUUUCGGAACCAUGUGGGCUUUUUGCAGCGACCUCGUGGUUUGCCCUUACGAAGGGCACUUUUCCAGGACUGUGAUUGAAGCGUUGGUAGUUUUUAACUGGGCCCUGUUCGGUCUGGCCGUUUUUGGGUUAGCUUUGGUUUUCGAUCCGUUGGGAUCGUCCCGGUACCAUGAGGCACACGAAACGCCCAGCGCUGGGGAGUCGUUGAGGCACAGAAAAAAUACCAGCGUGUGGCAGAGGAGAUUCAGAUGGGCUUUUUGUUGGGUGGGUUCAGACGAGUACGGUCACGAAGCGUUUCAACAGGUGGCCGGCCUGCUGAGCUCCCUCUUCCGGAGCACCGACUUGGUGCCCAGCGACGUCUUAGCGGGGUGCGUUCUUCUGCGCGUGAAGCAGAAACGGGAAACCCGAGAGAUGCGCAGGAUACAGAUGCUGCUGGACGACGAGCCGAAGUACUCCUGCGACCUGACGCGCGUUUUUUCCGUCGCGCCGCGCUGGAUGAACCUCGAGAACGCGCGGCACUUUUUGUGCCUGUCGAUUGCGGCCUACGGCUGGCCUUUCGUCAUGUACAGGUACUGCGGUACUGGGCUGUUCAGGUUGAUGAAAAAGGCAACGUGUUGCUCGUGCUUUCGGCAAAAGAACGUUAUUGUGAUAGACGAUAAUUGCUGCUUGUGCCAUCUGGCGGGCGUCAAGACGAUCAGCAAGAUCCGGGAGGACGACAUCUUAUUUGCUUCGUUCAAAAAUCACGUGUAUGAGAUGCCGUUUUGUGUGAUAGCAGACCACAAAACAAGAAAUAUAGUAAUCGCGAUUAGGGGUUCGAUUUCCUUAAGAGAUAUUUUUACAGAUUUAACAGCGUCCUCAGAGAAAUUUGAAGCAGAAGGUUUACCUCCAGAUACAGUUGCUCACAAAGGAAUUGCCAUAGGUGCAAACUAUAUAGCUAAAACCCUUAAAGAAGUGGGUAUACUAGAAAGAGCCUUUAACACAUACCCUGAAUAUGGGCUACUGGUUACAGGGCAUAGCCUAGGCGCAGGGGUUGGCUGUCUACUAGCCCUUAAAAUACGAUACAAAUAUCCAGACAUAAAGGUUUAUGCAUUUUCUACACCUGCUGGUCUGCUAAGCAGGGAAGCCGCAAAAGUAACAGAGAGUUUUGUGUUCACCGUUGGAGUAGGGGAUGAUUUUAUAAUGCGCCUAGGGGUGGACAGCGUUGAAAAUUUAAGAACGUCAAUCAUACAGACCCUACAUGCCAGUAAAUUACCAAAGUACCGAAUUUUACUCAACGGUUUCGGAUAUGCGCUUUUCGGGGUACCACCCGGUGACCUUGAGUCUACUUGGAGGGACGAAACCACUCCAUCUGGGGAAUCACCGCUUUUAGGGAGAGAAGUGGUGCAAACUGUGGCAGCAUCAACAGAAGCAGCACUUUUGAGUAGGGAUAUUAGUGUUAGAAGAUUCUCAAAAGCUAGACUUUUUACAGCAGGAAGAAUUUUACAUAUUGUUAGCAGGAAAAAGACGAAAGCUGAAAGGAAAGCAGGAACAGGUGGUCCCAGUUAUGAGAUGAGAUGGGCCACAGCUGAAGACUUCAUGGAAGUAAAGGCAAUGCCUAGAAUGCUUUUAGACCAUCUACCCGAAAAUGUAUAUAAAACUAUUGAUACAGUUUUAAGAGAGCAAAAAAUUGAUCAUGAUAUAAUCUAGACAAAUUUAAAAUUAAACAAUCUUUUUGUUUAGAAAAAUCGCAAUAAAUAAAAUAUAAUAUAUACUAGACUAGGUAAAAAUAAUCGACUAUUUUUUUUUGUAAAGUAUAUCAAAUAUAUUGUUUGAGGUGAGAAAAAAAUAUGGUGAAAGUUUGAGUCCAUAAUAUUAAUAUUAAGAGGUCUACCAUCGCAAUUUAAGAUUUUUUUUCCUGAGCGAGUUUUUGUCUCAGAACUCCCAAACCAUUGAGUUUAACAAAAUUGACUUAAGAAUAUUUUUUGAAGAAAAUUGAAUGCUCUACAAAAAAGGUCUGAUUGGAAUUUCCCGUCAGAUGAACCGUUUUCUUACAAUCAUGCCUUAAAAAUUGGUAUAGUUUUGCAAUUUGAUAUUUUAACUUUGGAAUUUUGUAAUUCAUGUAAAAACCAGUACCCGGAAAAACCGAUAGAUAUUCUUAUGGGA